CUACCAGCAGGUAGAGAAGAAGAAGACUCACAAUAACAACGCAAAAAAAAGGAGAAAACUCCAGCAAAACUAGUAAACUUGCCGAGAAAAUAAAGAAAACAAGAAACAAUGGAUGCAAAGCGCGAGAGAAAGUCGUCCCUGGCCCCACUUUCGCCCUGUCCCAUCCCGGACAUUACCGAUGAUGACCUGGUGAGCAUUUCAGUGCGGGAUCUCAACCGCACACUCAAGAUGCGCGGCCUGAACCGCGAGGAGAUAGUCCGGAUGAAGCAGCGGCGGCGUACUUUGAAGAAUCGCGGAUACGCGGCCAGUUGCCGCAUCAAGCGGAUCGAACAGAAGGACGAGUUAGAGACCAAGAAGUCCUGCGAGUGGACGGAACUAGAGCAGAUGCACGAGGACAACGAGCAAGUGCGUCGCGAGGUGGGCAACUGGAAGAACAAGUACAAGGCGCUGCUGCAGUUCGCCAUCCAGAACGAGAUUCCCAUUCCGAGCGAGCUGGAGGGCUGCUGAUUUCCCAGUCACAUUCCACCUGUCUGUCAAAAUUUAAAUAAACCCCAAUGAAAACACCUGUAACUAAAGUACAAUAGCGAAUUUUCCCCUUUUAAUAAAACCAAUCGACUUUCUGUAUCCACUGGAA